AUGUCGAUCAAAAAGGUUAUUGUGGUCGGAGCCGGCCCUUCGGGCCUAAUUCUUGGCCUGCUCCUCUCUAGACAAGGGAUUGAAGUUGAGCUUCUGGAUGCUGGCGCAGAAUUGGACAAGCAGCCACGUGCAGCUCACUAUGCGACCUCCGCGGCCUACGAAUUGGCGCGAGCGGGAGUUCUCGACGAUGUGAAUGCGAGGGGUCUCCAGCCCAAAGCCUUUGCCUGGAGAAAGAUAGAUACAUCAUUCAUUGCAGGGAUUCACCAUGACUCUUUGCCAGAGGAUUACCCGCAUAAGAUGGUUGUCCUUCCCCUUGACCGACUGGGAAAGCUGCUGUACGAGCAUAUCCAGCGCCAGCCGACGGCACAGGUGAAAUGGUCGCAUCGUGUCGUAAAAAUUGGGCAGGAUCAGGGUAGGGCCUGGGUGGAUGUUGAGACACCAGCGGGCAUGCGCAGGUCAGAGGCAGACUAUGUGGUUGGCUGUGAUGGUGCAAGCAGUACCAUUCGACGGGAACUGUUUGGUCCUGAGUACCCUGGCGAAACUCUUAACGCGCAGCUUAUCGCGACGAAUGUGUAUUAUGACUUCGACCGUUUCGGCUACUGGGACGCCAACUUCAUUGUCCACCCGCAGAACUAUUACAUGGCGGCAAAGAUCACCACAGACGGAAUGUGGCGAGUCUCAUAUGCCGAUACACCAGGCUUGAGCAAAGAAGAGUACAUUUCUCGACAGCCACAACGCUAUGAAGAGAUUCUGCCAGGCAACCCCAAGCCAGCUGACUACCAGAUUACCAAUAUCAGCCCCUACAAGCUGCAGCAAAGAUGCGCGCCCAGCUUUCGCGUGGGCAGAAUCCUCCUCGCAGCAGAUGCCGCGCAUUUGUGUAACCCAUUUGGUGGUCUGGGUCUAACAGGCGGAAUCGCCGACGUCGGAAACCUUUUCGAUGCUUUGAAUGGUAUCCACAAGGGACUGACAGACGAAAAAAUCUUGGAUAAGUACAGUGAAGUUCGAAAGCGUAUCUGGCAAGAAGUCAUCGAUCCCAUGUCGCGUGAGAAUCAUCGACGACUGCACGACCAGGAUCCCGACACAGCGCACAAGAACGAUGAAUUCUUCAAGAUCUGUAUUCAGGCAGAGACAGAUGACAAGCUCUCGCAAGAGCUGGCCCUCGUGAGUGCUGCCAAUUUCAUGGUUGUUAUUACGAUCAGGCUAAUGAAUACAGGGAUUGGAUAUCUUGAGGCAUGA